AUGGAAAAUCACAGUUGGCUUGCUACGGGUACAAAUGUGAUGUCAAUUUUGCACACGAAGACAAAACGAAAACGUUACUUCCGUGACUGUGACCAAGUACUGGACGAAGUGUUUGGAGAAGGAUUUGCUAAGAACCAUAAAAAUGAAGUAUUUGUGCGAAUGGAGCCGUAUUCGAUUGGGUCUGGUUGCAUUGCUCAGGUUUACAAAGCUACAGUAAAUGUCGCGGCCUUGGAGCGAGUGACUGGAAAGAAAUUCCCUCAGUUUGACGGUUUUGAGGAAAGAGAAGUGGCGAUCAAGGUCGCAGAUUACGGUGUUGAUGACAAAAUCAAUUUGGAUUUGUCAAUUUUGCGAAAUGCAACAAGUUUGGUACUCACGUUGAUGCCGUCUCUCAGCUACUUAGAACCCCUAUCGGCCCUGGCACAAUUCGAAAUGGUUCUACGUCGUCAAGUUGAUUUGAGGAAUGAGGCGCGAGCAUUACAAGUGAAAAUUUUGUCUUGGAGAAUUUCGAUCAUUAAAAAGACCGGUGUGAAAUUUCCGACUGUGAUUGGCUACACGAAAAACAUCAUAGUGGAGAGCUUUGAGCAUGGAAUGUAUAUCAAUCGAUUGGUUGCAGAAGAUAAAGACCCAGAGUUGGCUACACGCCAAUCGCCUAAAGUGCGCCGACGGAUUGCUUUGCUUGGUGCACGUGCUCUUCUCAAAAUGAUAUUUGUCGAUUACUGGGUGUCUUUCAACGAGGACGAUCAGGGUUUGCCUGGAGUACACAGUGCACCACCGAAGGAGACAAUAGUGGCACACGCGUUGGAACGAAUACGAGAUUGGCUUGGAUGGCGAUCGUCGCCACGAAUCCGAUUCACAGACUCUCCAGAACUAGCUGACGAACCGACAUUAGUAAUGCUCGACACUGGAAUUGUUGUGUCUGAAACAGAGAAGAACUUUGCGGAAUUUAAAAGCGCUUUUCCGAGCAAUAUUACAGAAACAGUCGCCGAGACCAAAAAAAAACAGGGAAAAAACGACCACAAGCCAACAUGUGGAACCACAUUAAGUAAAAAAUACCUCAAUAUCUCGGCGUUAUUGUCCGAGAUGUUCUCGUUAGUAGCCGCUCAUCGUGUCUACCUUGACUCGUCGUUUACCAGCGUUGUACUGUCGGUGAUGGUACUCGAGGGUUUCGGCAGGUCACUUGAUCCGGACCUCGAUCUGUUUCAGUGUGCUCGACCAUAUUUGCUGAAUAUGGUU